CUCCCCUCAGCGGGUCGGGCAAGGGGGCGAUGAGUCAGAGAGGGGGCUGAGACGGGCGCUUAUAAAGUGGAGCCGGUGAAGACUGGCCAGGAGUGGGGCGCCAGGGCGGCUGUGCGGAGUGGUCGCGGCAGCCGAACUCUAGGGAAGGGGGCGGGGCCGAGCCCGGCCAGUGCGCGAGGGAGUGUCUGUCAUCAUGGGCACGAAGGGGCCGCUUCUCCUCCUCCUCCUGCUGGCGGGGGCAGGGGCGCUGCUGCUCCUGCCGGCAGAGCUGAAUGCCCAGAGCUUCCCGGCGGCGGCGGCUGGGGCCCCAACGGGCCGCUGGGCCGCCCUCAGUCCCGGAGCUGGCGAGUUUGGAGUGAAGUUGUGCGGCCGCGAGUUCAUCCGCGCCGUCAUCUUUACCUGCGGAGGGUCCCGCUGGAAGAGGGGCUGGUCGCCGCCACAGCCGGGGAGGGCGCGCGCAGAGUUUGUUCAAACCAGCAAUGACAAAGAACUGGAGAACAUGGAGUUGCAGUCAUUCUUGGAUCCUGAACUAGAGCAGCUACAAAGUAUCAGUCAACCAACUGGAAAACAGUCAUUGAAAGACACGUCUAAUUUAUAUGAUGAUUAUAAUGAAUAUGUUCCUACUGAUAAUUUCAGUGAAUACAUCCACCAAGUAGAGGAUGCCGCCCACAAAAGCCAAUAUGGAACAGGGAUGGCCAAUUCGCUGGGCUCAAAUAACUUUCCUUGGGUCAAAACUCCCAGAAGAAAACGUGACUUCUCUAUGGGAGUAGCUGGAAUGUGCUGUAAAUGGGGAUGUACCAAAAAUGAGAUUAGUACACUAUGCUAAGAUUACAAUUUUCUCUCUGCAUUUAGUUUUUCAGAACAGGUUUUCAGUGCUAGUUGCAGGGUAUUGGAAUGAAUACUGUGUGUAGGAAGAGGAAAAGAGUUUGUCAAUGUCUCCAAGUAAUUGAAAAUGUCGCAGUCUUUUGUAAAAACACACAUAACUUGUCAUCAAAACUAUCUCUUGCACUUUUAUUUGUUUCACUGUACUUAAGAGUGGGAAGCAUUGUUUUCUUACAUUUAAUUUUUGUUCUAAAAUUAUGCUGAAUGUUGUAACAUAUUUGCAACACCACAGGGAGAAAAUUAACCUUUCAUUAAAAUGUAUACAGUCUG